GCAAGAACCGUGGACGCAACAGUUCAUAGACGAUAUUUUUCAAUAAAUCACGAAGACCAUACAACCUGCAUGUAGUACAACACGACCUGCAUCUAGUAAUCAGCACCACUGAUGUCGUGGUUGUACUACGUUUACGUGGUACUGCCUGAACGUUGGUUAAGUAAUUAAAAUUUUUCUUGCACCAGCAGCUCCAGCUGCUUGGCGUCCGACGAUUGAACUCGAGCUGGUGCACGAUCAGUUAGACGAUUUCAUCCUCAGGAGAAGCCCAGCACUUUACAAAAAUGCUCACAAGAAGCUAUUUUCUUUUUCUCUGUCGUCUGCUGCUGUGCGGACAACUAUGGGGAGGUAGUUUAUUCUCCCUACUUCCGCACGAGGUGAGUUUUCUUGCCUCCUCCUCCUCCGGUGGACCACAAUUGUUCCUACUCAGCCAGCAAACACCGAUCCGUCUCGUCAGUGGGUACACCCUGCAGAAGGACGACGACGUAGCGACCGACGAUAAAAGCAGGUCGAGCACUACUGAUACAAAUGACCUUCACGACGUCGAGACGCAGCACGAGCUAAAACUACUCCACCAGCAACAAGAAGACCUCGCGUGGUUGCAGUCCCUUCCAGAGGACGGAGAUGAUCCUUAUGCAUUGCAAAUAUGUCUGGGUCUGGAAGUUUGGAACUUGUGAUGCUAACUUUGGAUUCUAAAAAAAUCUUUAUUGCGUGACCAGCAAGAGGAGCCCAGUUUGUGCUACGGGGGGAGGGCAUUUGUCAUGCGGGAUCGGCAUCAGGAAGGCCUCUAAAAAUAUGUGAUGCUAGAGCAUGCAUCACAGACAUCAUGGGUCAUGCAAAAUAUGCAUGACAAACCUUGCAUCCUUCCAGACCCAGACAUUUUUGCAGUUGAUAAUCCUGAGUGGUUCGCGAAAGGGAUGCCCCCACCAGGAUGGCUCAAACGGUUGAAAGCGAUCCUGAAUGCGAGGGAAGAACACGAUGAUGCCAGCGGUACUUCUUCUCCUGCAACCAGCGGCAGCGGGGAGGGGGAAGCAAAAAAGCAGGAUGCAAAUUAUGAGCCGCCAGGGACGAGUACAACUUCUGCAUCAGAAGCCGCACUGCUCCCGCAACAAAAGUAUGACGACCAGUGGACAGUGAGUCCGAAGUUCCGCCAGGAUCUGGUUCAGUUUUUCCAAAACGUGAAACGGGGGCAGGCGAAUAUGAUGCGGGGAACUUCUCCUACUUCUGCGAGUGACGAAGAGCGAACGAGGCCAAUAGGAAAGAAGGACGUGGAAGCGAAGGUGAAGACCAUCAUCUUUGAGCUGGGGACCUACAUCGGCUACACGACCCGGUUUUUGUCCCAGCACUUCACCACCGUGUUUGCGCUGGAUGUGGAUCCCGUGUUUCUGCGGUUAAACAAGAUUUACAAUUCCGAUAGGAGAAACAUCCACUUCCUACAGGUUGUAUCCUGUGCAAAAGUAUCGUACUCGUACUAAUUGCAAAUGUGCGUGACAAAUGUUUUUCCUAAGGAAAAACAGCAUUAGAAAUUCCACUCUCCCUCUUGCCAAAAUUUGUAAUGCAUUUUUUUUUUUGAAUUUGUUUUUGUAACGCAAUUUAUACGAGAGCGAUACUUUUGCAGUUCAUAGGUAGAUUCGCCGAACAUUGACUGGGCGACGCUGUACCAAACCGCAAAACAAGCCACGAAAGUUCAACAUCUCAUAGCGAAGGAAGCGACGGCGCCAACGCCAGCAUCCGCUUCUGCUUCAACAGAAGGUCAGGGCUCCUCAGGCGCGAUGAAUAAAUCUACAACUACUUCCGUAGCCCGUAUCUACUCCGUGUUCCUCGACGCCAGUCACGAUUUCCUAUCCGUUUGUCGAGAAUUGAAGGGGCUCCUGCUGUCCAUUCCGAAGCUGGAAUUUCUCGUUUUCGACGAUUUCUCGGCGGAGCCCCUGGGCGUGCAGAUUGCGGUUCUGCUGUUCAUUCGGAAGGGGUUCCUUCGGCGGGAGAAGUAUAUCGGCGAAGAGUCGUUUAUGGAUGUGUCAGGUUUGAAAUCGUCAGAGUUGAAAUAGUUUGUCAUGCAUAAAAUGGAUACCAGUUGGAGCCCAGUUUUCAAGUGGCGCAUGACAAGUUUUGGUGGUGCCUAAAUCCAGUUUGUAAUGCUGUUUGGGUAACAAGGAAGACGCCUUUUGAGAUGCUACUUUAGCAGCUCUAUUUCUACCCCUCAACAGGCUUGCAAUCUGCCUCCCUUGCCUACUCUGCAAGACAGGCACUCUGUGGGUUGCAUUUUAUGCAUCACAAAUUAUUUCAACUUUGACGAUUUCAAUCCUGACGCUUCCAUAUCGUUUCGCUUGAAAGACGGUCGAAGGAUUGAGGGUCCGGAUAUGCAAUACAAAUUUCCUGUACAUGUACAAAAUGCAUGACAAAUUUUGCUAGUAGCUUAAACGAGUAGUUCUUCUUCUUGUGUCAAACUUGUCAUGCUGACUAACACUGAAGGCGAGCUUUGUCAUGCAGUGGUCUAGUGCGUCGUCGUGUGCGGGAAAUUUACUGUGGAUGCCGGAGGGCGUGAUUUGUCGGAACUCGCUUUUUAUGCUGUGCAAAAGUAUCGUAGUCGUAGUGAUUGCAAUCAUGCAUGACAAACCUGGUUUCUUAGCAAAAUCAGCAUUACAAAUUACAUUUUUCUUUCUGGAAAAAUUUGUAAUGCGAUUUAUACUAGUACGAUAGUUUUGCAAUGCAUACUUUUCAACUACUACGAGGCUGAAAUUGUAAAAAUGCCGCCAGUCGCAGACGCAGAGCAAAAAGCUGCUGCACCAACUGCCUCGACGAGCAACCCCGAAGGAGGAGGUGUUGAGCCACCAGCAUUAUUGCUGCCUGAAAGUCGAGAACUCCAAACUUCCAUUAUGACAGUGCACAACUCCCCCUGCUCCCCCUCAUUUGUAAUGCAAAAUCCGAAAUCCUAAUCCUGUCGUUGCGUUGUGGCACGGUUUGCAUGACAAAUAUCGGAAGCCCAAUAAACCGUACCACGCUAGGCACAUCAACUACUUGUCAUGCAAAAGCUCCAUUUGGGCUGGUCUCUGUAUUGCUGUUCAUGCCAACAUACAAAUGAGGGGGAGGGGGAGUUGCGCACUGUCAUAUCCAUCGACGCAAAACGCGAACUGUUGGCCUCCGAUCUGUUCGAGUUGGAGGUGCAGGCUAUCCACAAGGUAAUUAUGCAAGGUAAAUUUCCCGUACAUGUACAAAAUGCAUGACAAAUUUCGCUAACUUGAUGCAGUGUCCAACUUGUCAUGCUAGACCAGGACUGAGCGCAAGCUUUGUCAUGCAGAGACUGCAUUUGUACGCGUACGGGAAAUUUACUGUGGAUAGUAAUCGAGGACGAGCACCAACGGCUAGGAAGGAACGCGGCACGAAAGAAGGCGGUGGAGGAGACGAUGAUGAGGCAUCAAAUGGAUCAUGAAAAGAAAGAACAUGACCACCAAGUACCUGGGGCUCGACAAGGAGCAGAAGAUCAUCUUGUUCACCCGGAAAGUAGAUCAAGAAAGCGAAGGAUCACUGCAAGCGACUAUGAUCACGAAGAGGUGGCCCCGGAAUUCACACAGUUCGUGAGGGACCUGUACGCGGACGCGGAUGGUAUGGAUUCCUUCUGUAUCCACUGUAAAUAAUUUUCUGGACUACACGUACGGAUGCUGGCUCUGCAUGACAAAACUUGCCUCCAAUCUACUGACUCAGCACGACAAGUUGGACGCUCCAAAUUAGCGAGACUUGUAAAUGCAUUUUGUACAACAUGUACGGAAAAUUUGUAUUGCAUAUUCUGCACCGGAGUUAUGCUGAAGGAAAACCAAGGCUGCGCGCGGCCGCUGGUGGUGGAUGAGGAGGAUGAGGAGGAUAUCCUGAGUAAAAACGCUCGCACCCCAUAGUUGAUGUCAUGCAGAUUUGCAAUGACAAGAAAAUUUGUGAUGCGCAUCUCCAAGAUGAAAGGCAUUUGCAGUCGUCUUUUGAAAUUUGUAAUGCUGUAAACAGGAUAAGCAGCUGAGUUUGUAAUGUGGAUGCCCUUGCUAACCUGCACUACACUACGGACGGCAACUUGUCACUCGCUACAACCAAAACUUCUGGAUUUGUGUUGCGAGAUCCCCAUCUUGACUCUAGGGUGGGGAUGUUUUUCCUCAGGAUAGAGGAGUGGCUUAGGCAGCCCGAAGAUUCUGCGAUUUCUUCCGGGGACUUGUGACGAAAACUAUUAUACACCGUUUCAAAUAAAGUAGAAUACCUAGUUACCCCGACAUUGAUGAAAAGUAAUUUUGACUUAACUGAACGGUUUGCUGGAAGUAGAAGAUCAAGAUAAACACACAGGAGCAGGGAAAGUUGGGAAAGGAGCAAGCGAAGAAUCAUCUGAUGAUGAGUAGCAAAACAUCAACCACGGAGUGACGGUAUGAUCUUCAGGCUAAUUUUCGAAUGCAGCAUAUCGCAAGAAGAAACGGUCUCAGUCUCAACGUGUAAGAACUAACGCGGACGACACUUUUAUUUUCUUGAGACAGUUGCACUUGCAGAAAGUCAUCUUUCGGUUUCGCGU